AUGGCUAGCGAGAAGUACCAGCAGACGGAGAGGAAGAUUCCCGGCAAUGUUCAACAGCAAGAUACUUCCUUCAAUCAGACUCCUCCGAUGGACGUGGCGGCAGCCCAUGAGAAAGGAUGGAGCAACACAAGCCACGAUAUGGCCGACAUGCAACGCCUUGGCAAGAAACAAGAGUUCAAGGGCGCCAACGAGUGGUGGCCAAUAUCAUUGGGUUGGAUGAGUUCGCUCGGUUGGAUCGCAUCCAUAAGUUCAUCGAUAUACAUCGUCUCGGCCCAGAUUCGGGCAGCGAUCAAUGUCACGAGUCCUGAGUAUGCUUUCACCAAUUGGCAGUACACGCUGAUGAUGCUUGCAUUCCUGAUCAUCACCAUAUUGUUCAACACAUGGGGCGCCACAGUAUUGCCAUUGCUGGAGAGCAUUUCUCUGUUUGGACAUCUUGCCGGAUUCAUCAUCACGUUGAUUCCUCUGUGGGUUUUAUGCUCAAGGAACCCAGCAGCUGCAGUCUUCACGGAAGUUGUCAACAAUGGAGGAUGGAGCAAUACCGGAACUGCUUGUCUUGUCAGUCAAACUACAGUUAUAUUUUGCCUUCUGGGUUCGGACAGUAUCGUCCAUAUCUCGGAAGAGGCUGAAAAUGCCUCUCUCAAUGUUCCACGAGCUAUGUGGUGGAGCUAUCUUGGAAAUGUCCUGAUGGGCACCAUUAUGCUGAUCACAAUGCUAUUCUGCAUCGGCAAUCUUGACAGUGUCAUAGACUCUGAUGCUCCAUAUCUGGUUUUAUUCACCAAUACAGGGUCCACGGCUGUCGCACUCUUGCUGUCUGUUGUCUUGUUUAUCCUCAUCUUUGCGGGGAACAUCACCUGUCUGGCGACGGCAUCACGAGAAACAUGGGCCUUUUCACGUGACAAAGGCUUUCCAUACUCAACAUGGAUAUCGAAGGCGAGUCUUGGCCCACGAAUCCAUACCAUCUGUUUGAUAUAG